AUGUCAGCUAACGCUAAUUGGGAUGACAGUGAUAGCGAGAACGAAAACGUGGUUGUGGAGGAGAAGCCGGUGAUUCUACCACGCGCCCGGCAACCUUCGAUUGCGAAAAGCUUGGAAAAAGUUCAAAUUCUGGAGAACAGCGUUGCUGGUUCGGAGAAGAACGCUUCUGACGACGAUUCUGAUGCCAGUUCCAUUAUGUCCGACGACUUGGAAAGCAUCGGAGAAGCCACUGAAGUGCUCGAAUUUUCUCUCGAACAACUCUCAUCUAUGAAGAAAAAUCUCGCACAGUUCCCAUGCAGCUACAAGAAUAUUAUCAGCGAAUUUGCUGAUGUUGAAAUUUUCCUCAUCUCUAUCGACUCAUUAGUCGUCGAAUGUGCUGCUCAUAGCUAUCACAAUUGGGAUGUCGCUGGUCAAACCAUGGUCCUCAACAAGCAAAUCGAUCGCUUCUUGCAGCAAUUUGUUGAUAUCGGAGGACGAUUCAAGUUGGUCGUCUUCUCCGACUUGACAGCUCAAUUCGCUAAGGACACAACUCUCUCGUUUGCUAGAUCUGCAGCAUUGGCUCAUUUGGCCAACGGUCCGCAUUCGAGAGAUUUGCUCUUUUUCACCAAUCCAACAGACCCUGAAUGGGAUAAACUUUUGAACGAUUUGACGCCGUCAUUCCUUAUGAUUUCAACGGAUAACGUGACUUCAAACGUUUGCGCUUCUCAGGAUAUCGACCUGACCAAGCAGUUCGAAACUAUCGCUUUCGACGUUUUGACACGUUCGAUGUCGGUAGUGCUCCUCCAUUCAAUCAAGGUCAACUUUGUGUCUGUAGAUGCUUACUACAUUCAACCCCUCUUGGUUGUCGCUCCUGAUUGGCCAGCGUUCCUUGCUGCUCACUGGGAUAACAAUGGAACUCUUCUUCGCAAUCAUUUAAGCAAGGAAAUCAAAUUCAACCAAUUUGAAACUCCAGCUGACUUUUGGGUGAAAAUCAUCACCGACGUCAAGGCUACAGGGAAGGCUUCUGAUACAUUCGAUACUCUCGCCGCCGCUGUAAUACUGUCGUCAUUGAUUUGUAGUAGGAGAGGAGCACACAGAAUUUACUAUCCGGCCCGAGAAGAUGCCAAACGAGGCUUGAAUGUUAUUAGAGAUCGCAGACUUAUUCUAAAUGCUGCCGUUGUUCUUCUUGACAAAGCUGAUCACGUGGACUCGAAGCUCGAUCUCGGCGAUUUGUGGGAUGGUCGUAUGGUUUACUCGAUUUUCGAUGAGUUAUCAGCCAAUCAAGCCGUUCUUCCAUAUCGUCUUCAAGAAGACUUUGCAAAGUAUCAUCAGAAAGCUGGUCUCACUGUUCCUCUUGCAACAGACACCAACGAAAAGUUGUUCGAUCCACUUCCGGAGAUUACAGACCCACUGGUCGAUUUACCAAUUCUCUACAGUGUAACAUCGCCUAUGAUCAAAAGAUUCGUUCCGGAAAUCGAGAAAAUGACUUCUCAAAACGCAGUAGAAGAAGGAGUUGUGCAAGAUUAUGCAGAAUUCCUUAAAGACACAUCUUCGUGGAGAUUGAAGGCAAUUGAAGAAUCAUACGCACAGAAAGAAGAGAAAAUCGAAGACGCUUGGCAGUUGAAAAGAGCUAAUCGUGCUAAACAAUUCUUAAUGAGAUGGUACGAAUUGUUCGCCAAUUCUCUCGAAGGUCGUGGAUCCAAUCUUUUAGUCGAUUUCUCGAGAGUUCCAAAAGGUUUUGCUGCUCCAGACGAAGAAGUUGUAGAUGAGAAAAAGACUGGAAAGGGUGGUUGGAGUGGUCAGAAACAACAGAAACCAGGAGCAGGUGGAAAGAAAGGAGCUGUGAAAGAAACAGGGAAAUCCAAGAAAGAUUUGAUCCUAGAAGCUAACAAAAAAGCAAAAGAUCAAAAGUUGGCAGAAAGCGAGAAGGUUAAGAUUAAGUAUGGAUGUCAACAAGGAAAAGAAUCUGUCAUUUUUUUGAACAAUCUGUACACUUCUCUGGAUCUGCCGGAAUCAAAAGCAUUGUGUGUGUUCGAAGUUGUCGUACGCGAAGGAAGAACUAUUUUUGAUCAAUAUCAAGGAGCUGACAAACAAGAAAUUCGAAGAAACGCUGCUAUUGAUCUCGUCGGCCACCUUAAAGAUUGCUUUGUUAAGCAUUGGGAAUACUUGGAGUCAAAGCAGAAGGAACAAAUUGUUGAUCUUUGGGUUUCUCUUGGAUUUGAAGCACCAGCUGGAUCAAAACCAUCGUCUGAGGCAAAACAGAAAAAAUUAAAUCUUGGAAUCAACAUGGUUUAUUAUCAGUUGCAGUACGGAGGAGAGCUCAUUGAUAUUCAAUCAGACCCGAAAAAAGAUGAUCGUGUUAGUGGAUUUGCUCCAGAUGGUUGGCAAAGAAAAAUGCUUGAUUCAGUGGACAGGGGAAACUCUGCACUUAUCAUUGCUCCAACAUCCGCUGGUAAAACUUUCGUCUCUUAUUACUGUAUCGAAAAAGUUCUUCGUGCAAGUGACAAUGAUGUUGUCGUUUAUGUUGCCCCAUCAAAAGCUCUUAUCAAUCAGGUCUGUGGAUCUGUCUAUGCUCGUUUCCGUAACAAGUCUAUGAAACGCGGAAUGUCACUUUUCGGAACUCUCACCCAAGAAUAUUCACAGAAUACAAUGCAGUGCCAGGUUCUCAUUACUGUACCGGAAUGUCUGCAAGAGUUGAUGCUUUCGAGAACUCCGGCUGUUCAAAAGUUUGUCUCUCAUAUCAAAUACGUCGUUUUUGACGAAGUUCACUCUAUUGGAGCUUCCGAAGAAUCACAUAUUUGGGAACAACUUCUUCUUCUCAUUCAAUGUCCGUUCCUUGCUUUGUCUGCCACCAUUGGAAAUGCCGACAAGUUGCACGAAUGGCUCAAUGCAAGCGAACAAGCCAAGAGUGCCGGAAAACGUAGAGUAGAACUUAUCAACUACGGAGAGAGAUACUCUGAGUUGGAGUUGUCUAUUAUGAAUAUCAAAGAUCCCCAUGGAGAAGAUGACGGCGUUGUUCACAAAAAAGCCGAAACCGCCGUUAUUCCAUUGAUGCCUUAUGGUGUCUACAUGCCAGAGAAGCUCAGAAUGUUCUCUAUUCCUGAAGACCAGCAGUUGACUGCCAGACAAAUUCUUCAUUUAUAUAACAUGAUGGCCGAGGUUGACGCUGCUACCAAAAAAGAGUUCGAACCAUGCAAGUUCUUCGGACAACAUGGAUCAAAGGCUGUUUGGAUUUCGAGAUCAGAGCUCCGUAGAAUGGAAAAUGCAUUGAAAGAGAGAUUUAUGGAGUGGUUGAGUACUGAUGAACAGAAGAUUAAUUCAAUUCUCAAAAUUCUCAAAGAACCAGUUAAUACUCAACUUAACUAUAGAAGUCGUCCAUUCAACAAAGAAAAAGUUGCCAACGACUACAUUGUUCAUCUCGUUGAUAAUUUAAAAGAAAAAGGAGAACUUCCAGCCAUCUGUUUCAAUGAUGAUCGUCAUGUUUGCGAGAAAUUGGCUGUAACAUUAGCCAACGAACUCGAGAGACGUGAAGUGGAAUACAUGGAUACAGAUGAGUUCAAGAACAAGUACAUGAUUAAAGAUGAGAGUAAGCUGGUGAAGUUGGCAAAGAGAAAAAGAGAUGACGCUGAGAAGAAGAAAAAGGGAGAGAAAGAUGAAGAUGCCGGUCCAGAAAAGGAGGAUGAUGAAAUGGAUGUUCUCGCUAUGAAAAAGGCUAGACUGGCCAGAGCUUUGGAGCGAUUCAAGCUUCGUGGUAGAAAUGGAGGAGAUCCAGAUAUAUAUGCAAAGAUGACUGAGAGAAUGCAGAGAAACGCGAAGAACCGUGAAAGCACUCAACUUCUUUUGAAGCUUUUCGAACGUGGAAUUGGUUUCCAUCAUGCUGGACUAAACAACACCGAAAGAGGAGCAGUUGAAGUUCUGUUCAGAUCUGGAAAUCUCGCUGUUCUUUUCUCUACUUCAACCCUUUCUCUCGGAGUUAACAUGCCUUGUAAAACUGUUAUGUUCGGAGUAGACACUCUUCAACUCACGCCUCUUCUCUACCGUCAAAUGUCCGGUCGUGCUGGUCGUCGUGGUUUCGAUCAUUCUGGAAACGUCAUCUUCAUGAGCGUUCCAACUAGCAAGAUCCGCCGUCUUCUGACCGCAUCUCUGUCAAACUUGCAAGGAAAUCCACCUUUCACUGUUAUAUUCCUUCUUCGUUUAUUCGCUUACGUACAUCAACAAGAUAUCAUUAAUGAAGAGGGUCAAAAGGUCUCAACUAUGAAGCAACGUGCGUUCGCCGCGAAAUCUCUUCUCGAGCAUUCGUUCAGUAUCCAUACUCGCCGUGAAGCUACUGACGGAGUACUUCAAAAACAACUUCGUAUGUUCUCAGCUUUCUCCUUCCAAAUGCUGCGACAUCUUCAACUUCUAUCUCCAUUCGGAGAAGGAAAGAAUUUCGCCGAGUUGGCUAUUCAUUCACAAUCGGGUGCCUCUGGUACUCUUCUUUUCAUUCAUUUGAUGCAAAAGAAAUGCUUCCAUCAACUUCUCAAAAAGUACGAUAACCCAGAAAAAGCCCAACUGGUUAUGCUUGAAAUUCUCGCCAAUUUGUUCACAAAUGUUAGAAUGUCUCCAUUCCACGAGCGGACUGAUAAUCUGGAACAUGUACAUGUGAAUCUCCGUGGGUUGCCAUCUGGAUUGGUUCCAUUUGUUGAAGAGUAUAAUCAGACUGUCAGUGGGCUCUACAAACGAUUCAUGGCUGCUUCAUCUAAAGAUGGAAACCUCUUGGAUCCAGCCUUUACUGUGAGCGGAAAAUUGGACACCGACAAUGUCUCGCUCACUGAUGAUUUUCUUGUUGCUCCACUUUUCGAUCUAUAUUCGCAUGAUGAGUCAUUCCUUCCGGUUAUCGACUUCAACAAGAAAGACCACCGUGGACGCCAAAUCCAACGAAAUGCUUUUGCAUACGAUUUCUACGUUCAUGGAUCCCGUGCAUUGUUGAUGGAUGUUAACAAGUUGCAUGUCAGCCAGGCCUGGUUCCUUCUUCACGACUUCGCGUCGAUUCUCGAGCGUCUUGCCGUUGGAGUUCAUAACAUGGCUCGCCCACAAGAUCCACUCGUUUUAGUCCUUGAAGAGCUUUCGAAGAACUACGAUGAGAAGUUCAGAAAAGCAUUCGGAAUGCGCACCCGCGAUUAA